ACAUAACAUUUUCGCAUAACCGCGCUAUUGCUGCUAGUCUUAAAGGAGACGCUUCCCAAACAGUCCUUACAUCGGCCAAAGAAAUUUGAGGUUUGCUAUAGCUUUAAGAAGUAUAUUGCGCUGAAUGUUUGUAAAAUGUUAUUGCUCAUACAACGCAACUUUUAUCUUAAUAAGUUAGUUAAUGAAAUGCUUUCGUAGUGACUGAAAAUUCACUCUUGACCGAGCUAACAAAACUGGUCUGACUGGGGCCUUCAACGGUCUUCAUACAUUUUCAAAUGUGCAUUACUAAUUAAUACCCAAAGUUAGUACGGGUCAGAACAAUUUGUUAAGAGCGGCAUGGACUCGGGUGAAGACGAGGUUUCAGGCACUCGUCCUGGGACAGAGGAAACCGGAGACACCGGUGUUCGUCCUACAGAGGCCGCAAACCCGUCCCCGGACUCGACUGAACCGUCCAGCGGGAGAAGGGGAAGCAAGAGACGGGUAAAAACCGCGGUGUCCUCCCUGGACUCCGGUGACUCCCGGUCAGAUACCGGGGGAUCUGUGCGUGUUUUGCGAGCCAGGGGGGCUGUAGCUGGCAGGACUGAUGAGUCCAAGAGUGCCACUCACCAGAAAAAACCUACAAGUGUGCAACGUGGACGAGGAAGACCUGCAGGAUCUCGCUCCAAAAACGCACCUGUCAUGCAUGCCACCGUGAAGAAAUCCACAUCCAAAAAAGCUUCCAAACGCACUCUAGGACCAAAGCUGUCCAAGUCUAGAAGGGGCAAUCAGAGACCUCCAAACAGAGCCCCACGUGCCGCAGCAGCAGCAACAGCAUGCAAACCUGAAGCAGAGGUAGAGACUUCAUCAUGUGGGGAGGAGUCAGGUGCUUUGAACGGAAGCGACAACAUUGCAGAUCCAGAUGUGGCUCUCAGUGAGGACUCACCGUUCAGAGAUGACCCAAAUGAUGUCAUCUGUCAACCUGAGACAAAGACGGAAAAAUCAAGGCGACGAGCACUCUUACAACAGGAGGUUAAGAAAGAGGAAUCAGAUAAGGAUGAAGAAGGAAGUGACAUUAAGAUGGAGGAAUCUUCUGAGGUCAUUCUGCGAAGUGAAGAUGAAGUGGAAGAUAACACAGAACCACCAAGGAAGCGAGGUAGACAACAAAAAGAUGACAAAGCACCUCGGCCGCCUAAACGAAGGAAGAAGCCCCCAGUGCAGUAUGUUCGCUGUGAAAUGGAGGGCUGUGGUACUGUCUUAGCUCACCCACGCUACCUACAGCACCAUAUAAAAUACCAGCAUUUGCUGAAAAAGAAGUACGUCUGUGAUCACCCCUCAUGUGGGCGAUUGUUUCGUCUGCAGAAACAGCUGUUGCGCCACGCUAAGCACCACACAGAUCAGAGGGACUACAUCUGUGAGUUUUGUGCUCGUGCCUUCAAGAGCUCCCAUAACCUGGCGGUGCACAGGAUGAUCCACACAGGAGAGAAACCAAUACAGUGUGAGAUCUGUGGCUUCACCUGCCGCCAGAAGGCCUCCUUGAACUGGCACAUGAAGAAGCAUGACGCAGAAGCCUCCUACCAGUUCUCUUGCUCCAUUUGCAACAGAAAGUUUGAGAAAAAGGACUCUGUUGUUGCCCACAAGGCUAAGAGCCACCCUGAGGUGCUCAUAGCUGAAGCCCUGGCAGCUAAUGGGGGCUCAGUAAUAAAUUGUCCCACCUCAAUCCCAGAGACUUUCCCAGAGACUGUUUCAGAGACUGUCCCAGAGACUCUCCCGGAGACCGUCUCAGAUACUGUCUCAGAGACUGUCCCAGUGCUCACCUCGGCUGACCAGCCCUCUGUCAGCCAGGAGAGUCAGAAAACAAUGAGCGGCACGUUCACUCCUCUGCAGCAGGUGGUGCUCCCGAUCGCUCCACAGACUCAGAUUAACGUAUCUCAGGGCCAGUUCCUCCAACUGCCCACGCAUCACGUGGUGCGGGUGGCGCAUGAGCAGCAAGCCCCCACCUUGCUCCAUCUCACCACCGCUCCUCCAGCUCACCUCUCCAGCACCAGCCACCCGCAGCUCAUCCAGCUGUCCACUUUUCCUGCCAACACUGUCACACCCAUGGCCCCCGCGUACCCCCAGAGCACCCUCCUCACCCUGAGCUCCGUCACCACUCUGGCAUCCACAGCCACCCUAGCUCCCCAGCAGGCCGUGCAGUGGGGCAGGGACGCUGACGAAGACGUACAGUUGCCCGGAGAGGGUGAGCUGUGGGACAGGGUGGUGGUUGGCGAUAAUCAUCAGGAUGUAGGGGAAAUUAUGUGGGAGGGUAACGGGGAGAGGAGGAAGGAAGAUGAGGGGAUUGUUUGGGAGAGAGAGAGCGAGAGACAGAUUCUGUUACAGUGCGCCGACGUUCAAGGUGAUAGUUUAAUGUAGAUGUACGGCCACAAAAGUUGUACAGCAAACUGAAGGAGACGCAAAUAACAAGACUGUUUUGAUUUAAGGAAGGGACAAAAGACUGAGGGACCUGUCAAAAGUUGAUAAGCUGACAAAUAUUUGAUAUAUUAGAAUUUGUUUUAAUGUAGUAGUCACUUAUAUAGCUACAGUACACAGAGCUACUUUUUAUCAGGGAGUAUGAUUUAUAAUAUUGUAGAUAACAUACACUUCUAUUACCACUUGAUGAAUAUUUUAUAACUCUUUGGCUUUGUCACCCUGUGUUUGUAUAUGUGUUUCCAUUACAGAUAAGACAUUUUUAGAGAUUAAGAAGACUGAAAGAUAAAAAGAAAGUCUAGAAUGAAAGUUACUGUAUGUGCCCAUAGUAUCCCUGUUGUGUUUAUAUGCUUCUCUUUGCAAAGUGAACAGAUGAGUAUCAUUGACAUCAUUUAGAUUGUUUGUUAUUUAUGUUAAAUGUAUUAGACGCAUCAACUACAAACAAAUGAGGGAGUCUGUAAAAGAGACUUUGUAGCAAGGCAACCCAAAUGACACGUUUUAUUGAAUUUAUACUAUAUUUUUACACAAAUUUCUUUUUUUUUCUCUCUGCAAAGAUUUCGACAAGGAUUACAUCCACAAUCUGAAAUUUUCUACAUUUUCUAAACUUGAUUUAAACAUUUUCUAAAUCAAGUUAAACCACCUUAUAAUAAGCAAUUUGCAGGAGGCUCUGAUAAACACAUGGAGUCUAUUGGAUUCACUUACCAUACCCAAUAAAUCAAAGCAAUGAAGGUUACUGUAUUUUUGUAAAGCAAAGAUCGAAAUCGCCUUCCUUGUUUGGUUGUGUUUGUUCACCUUCCUCAACCUCAGUCGUGUCACUUCCACUUUGUACUUCUGGACUUACAGAUCCUUGAUUGAUUUUUUUUUUCAUAGUCAAGAUUAUGCAGGUAGAAGUAUUAUGAUCAGAAAUCAUAGUGUAAUUGUCUAAAUCAACAAGAAAAUGCCAGUUUUCAUUUGAAGCAAUGUUUGAGAAUAAAAUAUACCUCUGUACACUGCCACUACUACUGAGCACUCAUAAGCUUACAAUCCUAAUUUAUCAGGAAAUGUGUUCAGAAUAACUAUAAUAAACAAAUUAUGUUCUAAA